CUCUUUUGAUCAUAGCUCAUCUUUUUGCACUGAAAAUGUUAACAUCUCUGGUAGACACUCUCAAGAUGUUGCUUCUUGUAGUAACACUGUGUCUAGAGCUGUAGAAAUUGAAACAUCUGAAGACAGUGAUGAAGGCAUGGAUGACAUGUCAGAUGGCUUAGUAAUAGAAUCAUCUCAGUCACUGUCAUUUCUCCACAAUUUUGAAGUCAUCACACAGUCCCAUCCUACUUGUCUUGUUCUAUAUGCUAUUUACAAAAGUAAAACAGACCUUAUCCACCAUCUGAAGAUGUAUGCUAUCACAAACCACUUUCAAUACAGAACAAAGACCUCUAGGAAAAUAUCUUUACAUGUUAUUUGCUUAGAUCCAAAAUGUCGUUGGACUGUUCGAGCUGUAAGACUACCUGGCGUACAAAUGUUUCAAAUUAGAAGAUUCUGUCCAGAACACACAUGCUCUAUUGAUUAUAGACAAGGCAAACAUAGACAAGCAACUGCUACUGUGAUAGCAAAACUUAUUGCACACAAAUACCUUGAUGCUUCCAAUAAACCGUACCCACCAAAACAAAUUCGUGAAGACAUGAGUAUGCAAUAUGGAAUUUCCAUGUCAUACAAAAAAUCUUGGAAAGCACAGAAGAAAGCAAUGCAGCUGCAAUUUGGUUCUGAUCUUGAAUCCUAUCAGGUUUUGCCUUCUAUGGCUUAUGUGCUUGAGAUGGCGAAUCCUGGCUCUAUGUUUGAUCUAGUCACAGGGAAGGAUGAUGCAUUUUGUACCUUUUUUAUGUCAUUCAGAGCAUGGAUAGAAGCUUGGCCUCACUGUAGACCUGUUCUUAUACUGGAUGGUUCAUUCCUGAAGGCUUACUAUAAAGGCACUCUUCUUACAGCUUGUUGUCAAGAUGCCAAUGAUCACAUAGUUCCUAUUGCAUUUGGUAUUUGUGAGUCUGAAACAAAAUCUUCUUGGAAAUGGUUUUUAUCCAAAGUCUGUCAGUCAAUACAGUACAGACAUGACCUUUAUGUAGUAUCUG